AUGUGGAUGUGCCACAGGAUUCUAUGUUUCGUUCCAUCGAUCGCACGUGUACGUUUCAUUCGGUGGGAACAUACCGCUGUUAGCAGCAGAGGAAGAGGUCUUGGGAACUUACAUGAAGAAGUGAACAGACGGUUCACACAGCGAAUCGUGAAAAGAUUACAUCGAUGGGAUCGAAUAAGUGAAAAUGAGUGGUUCAUGAUCUACCGCGAUAAUUAUGCCUCACGUUUUGUUUUACUAGUUACCCUGGCGGCACCCUUGAUUGGCUUUUUGACAUCCGAGAAUUGUGUGGCUAACGUGAAAAGGGGCCGACUAUGGAAUGCUGUCAAAGAUACUAACAUAGUUCAGCAGAUGGGUGUUCUUGCUGUACUGCCGAUAUUUUCGUUUUUGGUGAUCAUGUAUUUGGCAUGGCAUCUGAAUGCCAUAAGAAUUCAUCGUAUUUAUAUCAGUAAAAAAGACCAGAAAUUGUUUUUUGCCGUCAUCUCUCACUAUGGGAUAUUUACACGAAAGGUACUUUUCACAAGGCACAACGUUCGAAUUCUGGGAAGUGCUGGACAUCAGCUAUGGUCACUUGUGAAAGGUUCGAUCAAAAUCAACAAACAUCGCUUUGCGCUUAAUGAUGAAGGCUUCCGAGACAUCCAACAUCGACAUCUGAUGUUAGGGCGAAAUAUUAAACCGCCUCUGACUACCGAUAAGAGUGAGGAAACAACGUUGUGA